GGCACGCUUCCUAAGAUCACCGGAGACCAGGAACACGAGGACUCCUACAACCCUCCUAAACUUCAUUUCUGAAUCACAAUCUGCUCCCGUUCCUUUCCUUUCCCCCCUUUCCUUUCUUUUGUGACCGCGUGGACAACUCGAUUGUCAUUUUCCUCUUUCUUGCUUGAAUGUAUAUGUCUUCGUCUCCCAAGGUUUUCUGAAUAGAAGGAUAAAAAGGUCCUUGUUGUUGGCAUCGUUGCUUUCCUUUUGUCUCAAUCGCAUUUCGUACAUACUACUGUUGCUCUUUGACCCGCGCGGAGGAGAAGCCUCAAUCAUGAUUUCGUUCUCAACACAGAUCAAUCCACGACCGCGUAUAUCUUUGCUACUGCUGUGCUUAUUCUGCGCACUAUCUUUCUCAAUUGGCGUAGAUGGGAGGCCCAACGAUGUUGUGCGACAGAAUGAUUUGAUUCAACGACCACUUACGAAUAAUGAAGAUAUCACAAUCAAUGGGAGCCCUCAGGAGCUCAUCAAGCCUGGAGACUCAAAGGUUCUACCGGCAAUGUUAAGCGCGCUGGACGUGCUACAAGAAGACUACUUUGCGACAUGGCAAGGCAUCUAUCCAACAGGAAUCGAUUGGACAUCUGCAGUGAUUGGCACCUAUGUUGCUGGUGCACUCACCACUAUCACCAAGUCCUUUUCUGCACUUUCCUCAUCAAAAACGAACGAGAACAUCAUCAAUAAAUACUUUGCUGAAGUAAUUGGGUUUUAUUUUGGCCAGGAUGCCUUCUCUCUACGACAGCAAGCCUUCGAUGAUAUGUUGUGGGUAGUUCUUGGCUGGCUGGAUACUGUCAAAUUCAUUGAUUUACAUUCUGAAUUGCACUAUUCAAACGACUCUCAGCCAGAAUGGUACGGACAACAAUAUAAACCUGCAUUUGCACAUCGAGCGCGACUAUUUUGGGAAUUGGCUUCACAAGGAUGGGAUACUACUCUCUGUGGUGGUGGGAUGAUAUGGUCACCAUACCUUACUCCAUACAAGAACGCAAUUACCAAUGAACUCUAUAUCGCAGCUUCGAUAUCGAUGUACCUAUAUUUCCCCGGAGAUGACAAUCAAUCCCCAUUUAUGCUUUCCAACCCUUCGUAUCCACCUCACGAUCCGAAAUAUCUACAGGCAGCUGUUGAUGCUUACAAAUGGCUGAAUGGUUCCAACAUGACGGAUUUACAAGGAUUAUAUGUCGACGGGUACCAUAUCUCGAAUCUUUCUGGCGGUGAAAACACCCAUUGCGAUUCUAGAAAUGAGAUGGUAUAUACCUACAAUCAAGGUGUUUUGCUUACUGGACAACGUGGUUUGUAUGACGCAACCGCCGCACGAUCAUACCUUGUAGAUGGCCACAAACUCAUCGCGAAUGUUAUUAAUGCCACAGGCUAUGACCUGAAACACAAUGUUGUCAUCUCACCGCCACCCAAAGAUGGUUCCGCAUUGGCAAAGUGGUUUGGCCUGGGUAGGAAUGGAAUACUGGAAGAAGGAUGCGAUUCAAGUGCUUCGUGUUCUCAAAAUGGACAAACUUUCAAAGGCAUAUUCUUUCAUCACUUGAUUGCGUUCUGUAGUGAUUUGCCAGGGGAGCCUAUUGCAGGGACGAAGGAAAGCUUAGAACUCGACAGAGUGUGGCAUUCUGACAAAUGCUCACAGUAUACAAAAUGGAUCAGGCGAAAUGCCGAAGCUGCGUUAAGUACCAAGAAUGAAGAAGGGAAAUUUGGUAUGUGGUGGGGUGUACCGGCUACACAGAGUUCUUUAGCGGACUAUACACAGGACCAGACAUCGAGAGGCUCUGUAGAUUAUCGAAAUACUGGAGUUCCAAAGAACACCGAAUGGAGAGGAGAAGAAUACCCCAGAGAAGCGAAAGCGAGCAGGACUAAAGAAGGCGCAGAUGUAUAUAGUGGGGUAGAAGAUCCCAAUGAUCGAGGUAGAGGAAGAACGGUAGAAACUCAGGGUGGAGGAUUGUCUGUCUUGAGAGCAUUAUGGGAGGUAGAGCUGAGAUGAAUGCAUAUAUAGCUAUUUUGUUGUAUCUUUUCCAGAAGGACGUCUACGAUAUCGGCGUUUACGUUUAUGUUUAUGUUUAUACCAAGAUCUAUGCGUUGUAUGAAUUUCAAUGAAUAUUCUAUUCCGCUGCA